CUCACUGGAAGGGCUGUUUCUGUCUUGGUUCUGGGGGAGCUCUUCCUUCUCGUGUCUGGGGUCUGUGGGGCUCCCCAGCUUGCAGGGCUUGUGCUGCUCAGCAGCUCUGCAGCCACACAGGGUUCUGGCACCAAAUGAACAAGUUUGUUGGAGCUUUGUAUACACUGUGUCCAGUUCUGCUGCCUGAUAAACCCACCCAGCUGGUCUGGAAGCCAUCCAAAAUAUGGAAGCAAACUGAAGACGGAGAAAGAUCUACUUUGUGUGGAAUUUGCUUUAGAAAGAAAUUGGAACUUCGGGUUUCCCUCCUCCAUUUACUACAUAAAAGUUGCUGAGUUUGGUUUCCUAAGCAUUUCUGUGUCAUAGUUUGGGAUGUCUCGCAUCUCCUGUAAUUAAAACCUAUGUCUAAUUCAGAUACAAAAUAGAAAUAAUUCUAAGUGUAGAGAUUUUGUUUCCAUGUGUUUAGAGAGGUGCAUUCUGCAGGUUGUAUCUAGUGAGUCUAGGGGAGAGGGAGCAAGCAGCUCCUCCACUGCUUGGGUGAAUGGCCUGUGCCUGACUGUGAGCUAGCAACUGUGGCUGCUCUGGAGUCAGGCAAACCUCGUGUUAGUGUUUUCUCUGAUCUUUCUGAGAAUUGUUUUGAACCAUUCAAAAAGACUUGGUGUGAUAAUAUCUUGGGCUUGGUUUCUAGGAAUUUUUGCUUAGAGCUUUGGAGGAGGAGUCUUCCCUUUCCACUGGCUUCCCCAGCACAUUUACCAGUGUGGCAUGUUCUCCUCAGGUGGUUCUGUAGCUGUCUGCCAGUGAGGGCUGGGUUUUGGCACCUGAAUUCACUGAGUGCAAGGUGUUUCUCAGAUGAGGUAGCUGGUUGGCUGCCUCUUGAUAGACCUGGAGUCUCCUCACCCCUGAAAUACAGGGAGUGGUUUUUGCUGUGCCUGUCCCCUAAGUCCUGGUCAAGGCUGGUGGCUGUGGCACACUGAAUGCUGCUUGGCACAGAGGUUGUGCACUCUCUGUGGGGACUGGAGCUCAUGGGGACUUGAUCUUGCCUGGGCCAGGAACAGGGGAGUCUCUCAAUAGCAAGACUUUCAAAAUGAUGUGUAGGCAAUGAACCCUGGGUGGCCCAGGUGACAUCCCGAGCUCCCUUCCAAGGUCAGCAAAUCUGUGAACUUGGCACAAUGUUUCCUAGAGGAUAAACUGACAUCCCUGGAAAGAGUGAAGAUGGCUGAAUGAAAGGUGAAGGUGACAGUCUAGAUGUGCAUUUUCUGCACUUCUAGAAACUUAGUAUUCUGCUAUGAUUAAAUACUUAAAAUACUUAACUCCCCUAAGCAGUUGAGACCCUGGAUAUUGUUACAGCACAGUGAGCUGAUUCUUUGGGCUUGAAUUUAAGCUCCAAAUUCUCAAAAUUGUUCUUCCAGCCAAGCUGUUAAGGAAAAAGGAAAGAAGAAAACAAGCAGUUGUGUGGAGUUAAAUAUAUUUUUGCAAAAUAUAAUGUCUUCAUAGUUUCAGAAACAUUUUACAGUAAUGCAGGUCUAAUUGACCCUUUUUAUUUAUAGAGAAGAAUCCUACUCAUGUACCAAAAAUACAAAAUACUUCUAUCAAAAUAAGAUUGAGAACUUUGAUUAGGAACCUAGAUCUGACACACCGUGUGAAAUGCAAACACAGAACAGGAGGUCUUUGCGCCAAAAAGGUUUACGUUUUAUUAACUUAAAUCCAAACCUGAGAAGUUCAGAAGUUUGCCAACACUCCUGAGCAUUUAUGCCAUGCAGGUACCCCCCAAGUAUGUACUUUUAUGUGCAUGCUGUGUUGGGGCUUCCAUCACGCUAUGUGUUGGUCCUUGUUUUGGACAGUGCCUUAAUUCUUUAGUCUGACACUGGUCACACAGGCACUCCUGUGGCAAAAUACCCAGUGAACAUCAAGGCAUUUGGUGAGCUGGGAAGUUUUUUCUGAAUCAGGGCAGUCUGUGAUGUGGUGUAGUGUUGUAUGCUCUGAUAUGAUCAAACUUCAUUUGAAUGCUUAGAGGAUUUCCCUCCUUGAGAUAAUUUAUUACAUUAAAGUAGUCAGAGUAUGAGGUAACUUGAGAAGCUGCUUCUAAUUUUAAAUACGUCAAAGCCAGUAGAAACUCAGUAUUUCAAAUGAGUUAAUUAUUUUCUCUGAAGGGGACUCUGAAUAAUGUGUGCUGUUUUAUUGUUUAUCAGGUAUUAAUGGUGUUUGUUAUUAUGCUUGUUAAUUUUGGCAGGUCUUUCUCCUCUACAAAGAAGCUUUGUUGCCAAGAUUUACUCUGAAAAUGACCUACAGUACUUACUGCAGAUGUCUGUAAAUGUAGAAGUUGAUAAAUCAUAUCUUCUUCCCUCCCCUGACUUUCCUGUUUCCUCUGGAAUUUAUACUUCUAAAUUUUUAAAGUUAGACGUCUGUUGGUGACAUUUGGAUUACAACUGUGAGCAUACCUAUGCAAAGAGACAAGCUACCCUGAGCACUUUUGAGUUCUGUUCAGUGGAGGGACUGCUGUGGGUCAGCCAUGCUAAAGGGCAAAUGAUGGAGCUCUGAACCGGGUGCUUCAGCAGAUCAGAGUGCCACCCAAAAUGAAGAGAGGGACCAGCCUGCACAGCAGGUGGGGCAAGGGAGAUGCCCCGAAAGGAAGCCCGCAGAUCAACAGAAGGUCUGCUCAGGAUAUUCAGUCGGGUCGGCCCAGAUCAUCAUCCACUACAGAUGCUCCCACAAACUUGUCUGUGAUGGAGAUUGCUUCUUCUAUCUAUGUAGGUGGAGAAGAGGCCGCAGCAGCAGCAAUUGAGCGAUUGGAAGUCAGCAGCUUGGCGCAGACCUCCAGUGCCGUGGCCUCCAGCACUGAUGGCAGCAUCAACGCAGACUCUGUUGAUGGGACCCCAGAUCCGCAGCGGACAAAAGUGGCCAUCACACACCUGCAGCAGAAGAUACUGAAGCUGACAGAGCAGAUCAAAAUUGAGCAAACAGCCCGUGACGACAACGUGGCAGAGUACCUGAAACUGGCCAACAAUGCAGACAAACAGCAGAGUGCCCGCAUUAAGCAAGUGUUUGAGAAGAAAAAUCAAAAGUCAGCCCAGACCAUCUUGCAGCUGCAGAAGAAAUUGGAACAUUACCAUCGAAAGCUGCGAGAGAUUGAACAGAAUGGAAUCCCUCGGCAGCCGAAGGAUGUCUUCAGGGAUAUGCAUCAGGGUUUGAAAGACGUUGGAGCAAAAGUCACUGGCUUCAGUGAGGGAGUGGUAGACAGUGUAAAAGGUGGACUUUCCAGUUUCUCCCAGGCCACACAUUCAGCAGCAGGAGCUGUGGUUUCCAAACCCCGGGAGAUUGCCUCCCUCAUAAGGAACAAGUUUGGGAGUGCAGACAAUAUUGCUAAUCUGAAGGACUCCUUAGAAGAAGGCCAGGAAGAUGGGACAGGUAGCAAGGCUCUAGGUGUUAUUCAGAACUUUCAGUCAAGCCCAAAAUAUGGCAGUGAAGAGGACUGUUCCAGUGCCACAUCAGGCUCGGUGGGAGCCAACAGUACAACAGGGGGCCCUGUGGGAGCUUCUAGCUCCAAAACAAACACUCUGGAUAUGCAGAGCUCAGGGUUUGAUGCAAUACUGCAUGAGAUUCAAGAAAUUCGAGAGACACAGGCAAGACUGGAAGAGUCAUUUGAGGACCUUAAGGUUCGCUACCAGAGGGAUUACACGUUGAUAAUGCAGACCCUGCAGGAGGAGCGGUACAGAUGUGAAAGACUUGAAGAGCAGUUAAAUGACCUGACUGAGCUCCACCAGAACGAGAUCCUCAAUUUAAAACAGGAACUGGCCAGCAUGGAGGAAAAGAUUGCCUAUCAGUCUUACGAGCGAGCCCGGGACAUCCAGGAGGCGCUGGAAGCGUGCCAGACGCGCAUCUCCAAGAUGGAGCUGCAGCAGCAGCAGCAGCAAGUGGUGCAGUUGGAGGGGCUGGAGAAUGCCACGGCCAGGAACCUGCUGGGGAAGUUCAUCAACAUCUUGCUGGCUGUCAUGGCUGUCCUCCUCGUCUUUGUCUCCACUGUGGCCAACUGCGUUGUGCCCCUGAUGAAGACUCGCAAUAGGACGUUCAGCACUUUAUUUAUAGUGGUUUUCAUUGCCUUUUUGUGGAAGCACUGGGAUGCCAUCUCCGGCUACUUGGAACGAUUCUUGUCUCCUCCCAGAUGAUGGUGGCAGGAAUGGGCUGCGCCGCUCCCUCCUGGCGCUUUUGGUGAGCAAGUGUGGCAAAGAUUAGUCAGCGACUACUCUGCUGAAAUUUUAAAGUGUCCGAGUGAAUUUGUUUACAUUUAGAAUAACGUUUUUUCUCUGCAAGAUGCAUUGCAAUAGUAUUUUUUAGAUUUUAUUCAAGAACUCUUUUGGCAAGAAUCCUGGAUAAUUUUUAUGUAGCAUGGUUCUCUUUGGAUGCAAAUCUUAAGAUUCUUUAAAGUGUACAAAAGAAAAGAAUAAAAUACAGAAAUUUGGAGCAUA